CUGAUUAAUUUACCCCGGGUCACUGCCGGGAUCUUGGUGCCGCUAUCUCAAUGACAGAUCAUUGUGAAUACUGGUGCCGUAGUCCCCAAACACGUCCGGGUAGCAAAAUAUUUUCCUGAUAUUUUUAAGUCAGAUUUUAUUUAGAGGCGGCGCUUACAGACUCAGUGCAGCGUCGUAGCGACUCUCUACCCCAGUCAGAGUGUUUCGCCAAGAACACAGUUGGAGCUGGGGGGUCGAGUGGAUUUAGGGGGUGAUUUCUGCUUUUUUUAGCAAUUUUUUUUUCUCUUUUUAUUUUUUUCCUUAUUAUUAAUUUUCUUGUUGGAUUUUUCCAAUUUUGUUACCAUUUCGGAAUUUUCUUUUGGAUCAUGAACAAACUAUACAUCGGGAACCUGAGCCCUUCAGUGACUGCCGAGGACCUGAAGACACUCUUCGUGGAGAGGAAGCUCCCUUUAGCCGGUCAGGUCCUGCUCAAGUCCGGUUAUGCUUUCGUGGAUUUCCCCGACCAAAAUUGGGCCAUUAAAGCAAUUGAGUCUUUAUCUGUAUUGUUCUUUCUCCCCCCACACACAGGCAAAGUCGAAUUACACGGAAAGAUGAUUGAGGUAGACUACUCUGUCCCGAAGAAGUUAAGGAGUCGAAAGAUCCAGAUCCGGAACAUUCCCCCUGACCUGCAGUGGGAGGUUUUGGAUGGCCUUUUAGCUGAGUAUGGCACAGUGGAAAAUGUGGAACAAGUAAACACAGACAUUGAAACAGCGGUAGUGAAUGUCACAUAUGCAACCAAGGAGCAAGCAAAAAUGGCGAUCGAAAAGCUGACGGGGCAUCAGUUUGAAGAGUACUCCUUCCGAGUGUCCUACAUCCUGGAUGUAGAUGCUGUGCCACCGUUCCCGGCCCCGCGCUCUCGCCGAGGUGGACGGCAGUCACGUGACCAGGGCGCCCCCCAGCCGAGCUUCUCCAGGAGCCCCGCCUCCUCACGGUACAAGCAGCACGACUUCCCGCUGCGCAUGCUCGUCCCCACACAGUUCGUGGGAGCCAUCAUUGGCAAAGAGGGACUUACCAUCAAGAAUGUCACCAAGCAGACCCAGUCCAAGGUGGAUAUCCAUCGGAAGGAGAACGCAGGAGCGGCAGAGAAACCCAUCUCCAUCCACUCCAGUGCUGAGGGCUGCUCCUCUGCCUGCUGCAUGAUACUAGAGAUCAUGCAGAAGGAGGCCGACGAGACGAAGGCAGCUGACGAGAUUCCACUUAAAAUCCUCGCUCACAACAGUUUAGUCGGGAGGCUGAUUGGUAAGGAGGGCAGAAACCUCAAGAAAAUUGAACAAGAUACUGGGACCAAGAUAACUAUCUCUUCUUUACAAGACUUAACCAUUUAUAAUCCUGAGAGGACCAUUACUGUGAAAGGCAGUAUCGAGGCCUGCUGUAAGGCUGAAGUAGAAAUAAUGAAGAAACUCAGAGAAGGCUAUGAAAAUGACAUUGCUGCUAUUAAUCAACAAACCAACAUGAUCCCGGGGCUGAAUAUGAACGCCCUUGGCAUCUUCUCGACAGGACUGUCGGUACUUCCGCCUGCGUCUGGACCCCGCGGAGCAGCCACGGCCACCGCUACUGGCUACAGCCCCUUCCUAAGUCACUCAUCAUAUCUGAGUGGUCUGUACGGGAUCCCUCCAGCCAACGCUGUUACCCACCAGCACUCACAGGCUCCAGAACAGGAAGUGGUCUACCUGUUUAUUCCAACCCAGGCAGUCGGAGCCCUCAUUGGGAAGAAAGGGCAGCACAUCAAACAGCUGGCCAGGUUCGCUGGGGCCUCCAUCAAGAUUGCCCCAGCAGAAGGGCCCGAAGCCAGCGAGAGAACAGUCAUCAUCACAGGGCCCCCGGAGGCACAGUUCAAGGCUCAAGGUCGAAUAUUUGGGAAGCUGAAGGAGGAGAAUUUCUUCAGUCCAAAAGAGGAGGUGAAGCUGGAGGCCCACAUCAAGGUGCCCUCGUCUGCAGCGGGGAGAGUGAUCGGCAAGGGAGGCAAAACGGUGAAUGAGCUGCAGAACCUCACCAGCGCUGAGGUGAUUGUGCCGCGGGACCAGACUCCAGAUGAAAAAGAUGAAGUCUUUGUAAAGAUCAUUGGGCAUUUCUUUGCCAGUCAGACUGCACAGCGGAAGAUCAGGGAGAUUGUACAGCAGGUCAAACAGCAGGAACAAAAACACCAGCAGGGAACUCCCACGCCGCACCAUUCCAAGUGAACCACCAGGGCGGCACCUGCGAGCAACAGCCAAUGAAUGUAGCCCUUCCAACAGUGGAGACAGACAGUCAAGACCAGCAGACUGGGGAAUAAAACCAAAGAACAUGACUGGGGAAAUGUUGUAUCAGCCAACAGGCUGGAGCUGUGCAUGUACUGCCAGUGCAGAGGGGCAGAGGAUUUUGUUUAACAAUAAAAAAAAAAGAAGAAAGAAUUCUUGCUGAGAGGGCAUCUGCAGUUUUACCAGUUUAAACAAAACAAAAGCAAGAAUUCUGUCAUUCUAUUUAACGGUAUCCCUCUAGUUGGACUAACAUAGGCCUAACUUAAACAAACAGAAGCCGUAUUAACAAAUUUGUACAUUUUACAGUAAAAAAGGGGUUUGAUGUUCAGAUUGCAACAUUUCUAAGUGUCGUUUAGCCCUAGCAGUGUUAAUAUAUAUUUUAGAAAUAAUAUAUAAAAGAAUAACAAAGGUUAUUUUUUUCCUAGACUAAAUAGGCUUUCUAGAGAUGAGAAAGAUAGUAUCAAUUGAGAGUUCAUUUGGCAGUUUGAACAUAUCUUUUUCUUAGAAUUUGGAGUUCACGGUUUUUACACAAAAAUAAGGAGCAAGACUCUACUGUAGGAACUGUAGCAGAAUGUUAGGAUGACUCUUUGUUUCUUAGCCUGUGUGUGUGCCAACAGAAGGGUAACGUCCCUUUCCUAGAUCACUGUCUUUCAUUUCUCUCUUUGCUUCAUGGUCCUGAACUGGCUUUUGAAUACUGUCAUUUGUUUGUUUUUUUCUCCAGCUGAGCAGCAGCAAGCAGCAUCCUAUUGUUUUGACUUCCGCUUCCACAUUGGGUUACAAAAACAAAAAAAUGGUACCUACCCUAACCUAAAACACUGUCUGGGGGAAGAAGUUUGAACAGUGUCUGAAAUGGCUAUUGAGGAGAGAGAAAGAUCAGUAAGACGCUAACUAACUAUUAGUAACAUUGGGGCAGUUUUUAAUCCAACCAAUGCUGAUUUACACUAAGUGGCUUUGAAUUGCAGGGAGAUUUCUAUAAAGGCCUGGUGACCGUGAAUGUAGAAUAUUCAGCCUUUUCAAUCUCCAGCAUUUUCUGAACAGAUCCCGAGCAGUUUGUAGCUUGGGCACGGUGACUGAAUGAACCGUGCUUUAGUGUCAACACUAUAAUGUGUUGCCUUAAACCAUUUCUCUCUCUCCAGAAGCUGUCAGUUUAGCUAGAGCUUCCAAACGUUUUAACGUUUACACAUAGUAAUUUUAAACAUUUUGUCACACUGCCAUGUGAAAUUGAAGGGAAGUGCUUUAUUUUUUUAAAAAACGAUAUCAACAAUCUUUAAUAACGAGAACAGUAAAGAAUAAAGAUUGUUGGCCCAUUAGAUGAACAGUACGCAUUUAAGAUAUUAUGAUCUACCUCAGGCGUUAGGGUACCUCAAUGCGUUUCUUUCGUUUUCCCUUUUUACAAUUUUGUAUGCCUUGUAAAACUCAGAGUUUUGAGCAUUUUUUAAUAAUAAUAAUAAAAAAUGGAAAGAAAAAUAAUUAGUUGAAACUUUUACCAAGCUUCCUGCCAUGAGAAUGAGUCUAGAGUAUUUGAACAAGAUUGUUAAAUUAUUCUACUCCUCACGGCAUGAAGAUUACCACCUUUUUUUUGAUAAACCUUGAAACAUAUGUAUAUAUAUAAAAAAAGAAAAAAGUUUUGAGGGGGUACAUGCCUAUAGUGUUUCUGAGUUGAAGGAAAUAAUGUGUACUGAAUUCAUGAAAACAUGCCAUUGUACCAACAGACUGCAAUGCCAGUCACUUUACUGCAAACAGUGUUCUGUGAAAAAAAGAAAUACAUCUAGCAAACAAAACUUUGUGACCCAGCCUGUUUUUACCUGGUAGCACAGCAUGGUUUUUCUGCAUACACAUCAAAUCAGCACGCGAAUUACACAUAGCUGUCCACACUUUGACCACAUUCCCUCUGAUGCACUUGUAAUUUUUGAAACACACUAUGACAUACACCUGUACUAAUGGCUUGAAUUUCAUGUGUUAAAAAAAUAUCAUAAAACCAAUAUCCUAUGAACCAGACUCCACUUUUGAAGUGGUUGAUUGCAGACACACGAUACUAUUCACACACCACUAAAAGUAUCUGCAUUCUAUCUAGUUUUUUAAAGAAAGAAAAUAGCUCGCUGAAUGGGAAGUCCACACAGGGACUGGAAACCACCCCUGCUGGUUUGUGGGGAGUUAAUUGGCAAAUUUAACACAGACUGACCCAGCUCAGACUGCCUGCUUACCAAAUACCUUUGUAUCCCUGAAGAGAUUCAUCAUCCACUCCUUAAGUAUACAUGCAAAUAUAGUGAGCAAGAGAUCUCCCAAAACAGUGGUACUGUCGUGGCAAAUUUCAUCUGGGAAUCAAAGAAAGAUACAGAGUUGCAUUUUAUUACAAUUCAAGCUAAUAUGGUGUAAAAAUAUAAAUAAUAUAUAUUUUUUCAUUACUGUAUGAAACUAGUCCAAAAUAUUACAAGAGAGAACAGCUAUAUAUUCAAGAAGAAUCAGAUUGUAUAAAAAACAUUAAUGGAUAGAAUCACAUAAAAAAAAAAAAAAACAGCCUGGUUUAA